UUUUUUCUUAAGAAGCUACAACAUAAAGAUGUUAUUGACGUUAACCACAUUAAUAAUCAACUGAACGUAAUUGUUUUACCAAAACUGAACGUGGGAAUUCAUACACAUAUAUAUUUACCCACUUGAUCAAGCAAAUCUCAUCCCACUGCAACGAAAACUCUUGUUCUCUCUCUCAUUUUCUAAUCGUUCAUGGACAAAAUGUUACCAUUUGUUCUUUUAGCUUUCCCCAUCUUGCUAUUAUUCCUCUUACGAAUACGCAAAACAUCUAAGAAACCUACCUUUCCACCAGGCCCUAGAGGUCUUCCUUUGAUUGGCAAUCUUUAUUAUCUACUCGAUAGUUCCACCCUUUGUUUGAAGCUCUAUGAACUCUCCAAAAAAUACGGUCCCAUCUUUUCUCUUCAACUGGGUUCAAGGCCUGCCAUUGUUAUCUCCUCACCAAAACUAGCCAAGGAGGUAAUGAAAACCCACGACCUUGCCUUCUGUGGCCGACCCUCUCUCCUAAGCUCAAUGAAACUUUCCUACAAUGGGCUAGACAUGGCAUUUUCACCCUACAGAGAUUAUUGGAGACACACCAGAAAAAUUUCCAUCAUCCACUUCCUUAGCCUCAAGCGUGUUCUAAUGUUUUCCCCGUUCAGAAAAUGUGAGGUUUCCCAUUUGGUGAGAAAGAUAUCGGAGCACGCUUCUUGUUCCAAGGAGACGAACUUGCAUGAGCUCCUGACUUGUCUCACAAGCGCUUUAGUGUUUAGAACUGCUCUGGGCAGAAGGUAUGAAGAGGAAGGAAUCGAGAAAAGCAUGUUCCAUGGCCUUCUUAAAGAAGCGCAGGAAUUGAUAGCUUCAACUUUCUACACAGAUUACAUUCCUUUUGUUGGUGGUGUGGUUGAUAAACUCACAGGGUUGAUGGGUCGUCUUGAGAAAAUGUUUAAACUGUUGGAUGGGUUUUACCAGAACGCCAUCGAUGAACACCUUGAUCCUGAAAGGAAGAAACUUACCGAUAAAGGGGAUUUCAUCGAUGCAUUGAUUCAACUGAAGAAUGAUCCUUCCUUCUCGAUGCAUCUCACUCCUUCUCACAUCAAACCCUUGAUGAUGAAUAUAAUCUUGGCGGGGACAGAAACAAGUGUAGCCGCAGUAGUUUGGGCUAUGACGGCGCUGAUGAAGAAUCCGAGAGUGAUGAAGAAAGCCCAAGAAGAGAUAGGAAAUGUGUUUGGUGGGAAAGAUUUUAUAGAAGAAGAUAAUAUCGAAAAGCUUCCUUAUCUUAAGGCAGUUAUAAAAGAAACAAUGAGAUUAUACCCACCACUGCCUCUGCUUGUACAAAGGGAAACGAUUAAGAAGUGUAGUAUCAGAGGGUACGAAAUUCCGGAGAAGACAUUGGUGUAUGUGAAUGCUUGGGCAGUGCAUAGAGACCCAGAAACAUGGAGGGAUCCAGAAGAGUUUUUUCCUGAGAGAUUCUUAAACAGCAAAAUAGAUUUUAGGGGAUAUGAUUAUGAGCUGAUUCCGUUUGGCGCUGGGCGAAGGAUUUGCCCCGGAAUUCACAUGGGAGUUAUCACAAUGGAGCUCGUGCUUGCUAAUCUUCUGCAUUCAUUUGAUUGGGAAUUGCCUCAAGGGAUGAAAAGGGACGACAUAGAUACUGAUAUGCUUCCUGGACUUAUCCAACACAAGAAAACCCCUCUCAUCCUAGUUGCAAAAAAGCGAGAAUGA